GAGAAGACACAGCUAUAGACGUAUAUUAGAGUUGAGGUUAGAAGUAGAAGUUACUGUAUUUGAGCACAAGUGUGUUAAGAUGUCAGAGGGAGUCUAUGAAAACUCAGAUGGAUUUGAAGACAACAAACCUGAUGUAAUGAAGAACACAGACAUUGAUGACCAAUUAUAUGGCAACGUAGGAGCCUUCAAACCCAGUCGAAGUGAUGGAGUUGUUGCUUCAGUUCAUUUUCAGUGGUGGAAGAGACCCUCUGGAGUUGCUGCAGUGUGUCUGGGGCUGCUGUGUGUUCUCUUAUUGGCAGGGAUCAUAGGCCUGGCUGUCUACUAUGGAGUCAUUGGUCAUCACUACUCAACAGAGAGAGACCAGCUACAGGCCAGUUACAACACCCUGACCAAAGAGAGAGACCAGCUACAGACCAGUUACACCAACAUGACUGAAGAGAGUACCCAGCUCCAGACCAGUUACAACACCCUGACCAAAGAGAGAGACCAGCUACAGACCAGUUGCAACAACAUGACUGAAGAGAGAAACCAGCUACAGACCCGUUACAACACCCUGACCAAAGAGAGAGACCAGCUACAGACCAGUUACACCAACAUGACUGAAGAGAGUACCCAGCUCCAGACCAGUUACAACACCCUGACCAAAGAGAGAGACCAGCUACAGACCAGUUGCAACAACAUGACUGAAGAGAGAAACCAGCUACAGACCCGUUACAACACCCUGACCAAAGAGAGAGACCAGCUACAGACCAGUUGCAUCAACAUAACUGAAGAGAGAAACCAGCUAAAGACCAGUUACAACAACAUGAUUGAAGAGAGAGACCAGCUACAGAUCAGGGUUAGGUUCUAUGAGAAACCCUGUCUAGCUGGAUGGUGGAAGUUUGGCACCAGCUGUUAUUAUGUCUCCUCCACGAUGAACUCAUCUGGGGCCGGUCAGAGGGAGUGCAGAACAAUGGGAGGAGAGUUGGUUGUUAUAAACAGCAGAGAAGAACAGAUGCCUGAACUUGGAAGCCUGACAGAUAGUCAUCCCUGCAUGGAACAUGUCCACCUGACUCCACUGCUUCCUCUUGUCGUCCUCCAUGCUGUGUUGGGAACGUAGCUAAAUAACUUGGCAGCCUGACAGAUAGUCAUCCCUGCAUGGAACAUGUCCACCUGACUCCACUGCUUCCUCUUGUCGUCCUCCAUGCUGUGUUGGGAACGUAGCUAAAUAACUUGGCAUAAUAUACACAUUCUAGAAAUAUAACUCCAUCUGAAUAUGUAUAAACAUCUACAAUACAUAGCUAAGGCAUUGAAAGGUGAUGAUGACUCCAUCUGAAUAUGUAUAAACAUCUACAAUACAUAACUAAGGCAUUGAAAGGUGACUGAUAACUCCAUCUGAAUAUGUAUAAACAUCUACAAUACAUAACUAAGGCAUUG